UAUCAUUUGUAAAACACCUCGCGGGCAGUGCCUCGGAGGCAUGGACAGCGACUCGGCGGACGAGAGCCAAGUCGUCGGCGACUACGUCCUCGGCAAAACCAUCGGCCGCGGAACGUUUGGCAAGGUCAAGGCCGGCAUGCACCUCCCGACGGGCGAGAAAGUGGCCAUCAAAAUCCUCGAGAAAUGCCGGAUUCUCGAAGUGGCGGACGCCGAGCGUGUCGCGCGCGAGAUCAAGAUCCUCAAGCGCAACUACCACACCAACGUCAUCCAGCUCUACCAAGUGAUUGACACGGCCCAGAGCAUCUACUUGAUCAUGGAGUACAUUGACGGCGGAGAGAUGUUUGAGCACAUCGUCAAGAACCACCGCAUCCGAGAGAAGGACGCGGUGCGCAUGUUUCUGCAGAUCGUCGACGGCCUCGACUACCUCCACCGCAACGACGUCACGCAUCGGGACCUCAAGCCCGAAAACCUCUUGCUGCACGCACACCCGUCGGGCUUGAUUGUCAAAAUCGUCGACUUUGGUCUGAGCAACACGCACGAGCAGAACCGACUGCUGCGCACCGCGUGUGGGUCUCCGUGCUACGCCGCGCCCGAGAUGAUCGAGGGCAAAAUGUACGUGGGCCCGAAAGCAGACAUUUGGAGUCUCGGCGUCAUCCUGUUUGCGAUGGUGUGUGGCUUUUUGCCGUUUGAAGACAACAACACGAGCAUUCUAUACAAGAAGAUCCUCUCGGGACAGUACAAGACGCCCAACUACAUCUCCUCCCUCGUCCAAGAUUUGAUUCGCAAAAUUCUGGAAACGGACCCGGUCAAGCGCUUUAGCCUCGACGACAUUCGCGACCACGCGUGGUGCAAAUCCGUUGAAGCACAGAUGCCCAAGCCGCUCGUGCCGGUCGGAGCGGCCAACAUCAACAAGAUGGCGCUCAUCAAGCUCGAGGAGCUUGGUAUGGACAAGGAGGCCGUGACACAGUCGGUCGCGACACAAGCAUACAACAGUCUCAGCGCGAGCUACUACCUCAUUGCUCUGAAGCUCACGCGGCCCGUCGAGCGCACGGCCAAGCGGCGGCGGUACUCGGCCUACAACCGGAGCUCGGACCGUGCAGCUCUCGAAGACGCGCAAAUGGCCGUCACGAAACCCAAGCCUGUCAAGCCUGUCUUGCCGACGAUCGAGGAUUCCGCUGGGAAAGAGAGCACGGUGGUGCCUGCGGCGACCGUCGACGCCAAGCCACCGACGACGACGAGUGAGCCGAGCAGCAGUGCGCCGUUCAAGCCACCAGUGUCGCUUCGAUCGGGACGCAACCUUGUCGAGGCGGCGACGUCCGUCACCAAUGGAUCCGGCGUCGUGCCCGUCCCGCCGACAGAAACCAAAGAGGCGGCGCCAAAGCCGCGGACGCGCGCCACGAUUUCGCUCGGCGCGGUCUUGGCCCCGAUUCUUCCGGGCGCGUACGACGAGAAUGGCAAGCCGAGCGAGACGGCGCGCGUCGGUGCACUCUCGAUUGCAACGCGCGCGAAAAACAUGAUGCCGUUCAGCUUCAGCGGCGGCGCGCGCAAGGAAGCCAAGGCGAAGCGAGUGACGCGCCACGGCAGUAUCCAAAAGUCCAAGCAAACCGAGCUCGCGAUGGUGCAAAAGCUCAUGAACCGUAUGACCUUUCAUACGCCGGCAACGAUCGAGGAGGAAGAUGCGAGCCCGUCCAAAGACGCGGCGAAAUCGUAUCUGGACACGAGUGGGAGCAGCAAGGACGCGGGCGCUGCAGUAGACGCGGCCAUGAAACCAGAGCCACCGCCCGGCGCCAAACCGUCGCCGCCGAGUUCCAAAAUGGACGAAGUCGUUGCGCCCGUGGCAACAACAACGACAACGACGACGACGACAACGACGACGACAGCGACGACAACGUUGCCAACCAUAGACACCCACGCACUUGUAUAGACAUCAGGUUGUAAAGCUUCGUGG